AUGCACCCUCUAAACCCCUUCCUGCGGGCCUUCUUCAGAAGCACCCUCCCCUCGCAGUGUCUGCCCGUAAACCACCACAUCCUCCUUGUGCCUACGACGGAAUCGCUCUUCCAGGGCCGCGACCGCGAGACAACCGCGCCCUAUGCCGACCUUGCCGUGUCAGAAGAAUUUCUCUCCAGCCAUGUCAUUCGCAUACCCGGGGGUGUGCCUCCUGGAAGCACCUCGAAAGAUGGAGGAAACAUUCGAGAAUCCAAGAACAAGGCCAAGCAGUAUAACACACUCAACGGCAGGACUGUAGUUGUCAAGGAUACCUACGUCUACAGUAACAAAGGCUUCAAGAGCUUGACCCAAGCUCAACUAUUGACCGACGCUUUAUUUUGCCCCGACAUGCCCGAAGCCCAACAAUGGCUCGUCUACUACAUUUCGAGACCUCUGGUAGGUUCGUACGAUUCGGUUCGCAUCAUACCAGCAACUAUCAGGACCGCCGCACAACGCGCCGCAGACAAACCGAAGCCUGCCAUUCCCUCGGCCUCGGACGUCAAGAAGAAAGACAUUGCUUCGUUUACAGAACUUCUGACCGCAUUUCCCUUGAUCGCUCGACAGCUGCAGAAUGGCCUAGACAGAACUCUCAAGGAAUUUGCAGCUCAGUUUGAAGGUCCUGUGCCCAACAAGUCGUCGCGAGCGCCCUCGGUCAGCUCACAAAGAUCCGAUUACUCUUCUACAUCGUUGGAGAAUUCACUAGCCUCGCUCAGAUCCUCGGUGUCUGGAAGCGAUAGCAGUAUCCGUCUUUCGUCAUUGACCAUUGAACCGGAAGAGGACUCUAUGCGCUUUGCGCUGGAGAGUGCGACUACAGCGGCUAUUGAUCUUUUCCAAGGAGUCGACAGGCAGCAACUGUCUCUUCUUGGUGCUACGACCGACCUGUCAGGUCCGGUGGUCGAGCGCAUGAUUGAACGCCACGUUGCUGAGCAGCUACAUGAACAAAUCCUCUUCCCUCGAAUAUGCAACAUCCGGCGAUCAGAAGACCUCGAGCUCGAACAUCGUCUACGGAAAAUGGCCAACAUCGACAUUGCUCAAGUCGGCAUACCCAUCGAGGACGGUAUGAGAGGAAAGCGAGAUAUGGCGAUCCGGAUCGAUAGGGCUGUAGGUGUUUUCAAGAAGAUGGGCGUUGCCAGUAGUCCGCAAGAGAUGAUCGAAAUCCUGCUAGAAACAACAAAGACUGUCACUGCGACCACAUCCAACAACACAGACAGGCCAGGGACGCGGCCGGACGGUUCAUCGGAGAAACCAAACAUAGCCAUGGCUAUCAAUGCAGACGUGCUGGUCUCUAUGCUCCUGAUCGUUGUUAUCAGAAGCUCUGUUCGCUAUAUGCACGCCAGAUUGUCCUACAUGAGGCAUUUUGUCUUCAUCGACGAUGUGGACAGUGGAGAGAUGGGCUACGUGCUAAGUACUUUUGAAGCUGUACUGGUAUAUUUAUCACGGGACUCAGAUGCCCUACGAAUUGCUGCGAGGAAGAAUGCGCGAUUGUGGAAGGCAACGAGAAACGGAAACACAUCGGAACUACGGAACAUGCUUCAACCUGACGCUCCUUGGAUUCCAGGCAAUCAGGUUAUAGAAGAAGCACCAUCGUUCGACGACAGCUUCAGAGAUCCGGAUGUAUCGAGUCUGAGCUCAAGGCUAACAAACGUAAACAUUGAACGUCAAAAUCAGGCAUCGAUGGCUGACGGUAACUUUGCUGCCGUGGGUGGAUCAUUAGCUCACGUUUUCCCCUUCCAAAAACCGCUGACACCUCCGCCGGAAGUCAGUCAACCAAAGCGGAAGCGCGUAACUAUGGCCAGUUUCCGUAGUGCCUCUGUAUCAUCUGGGUAUUCAUCUCCAACCCGAUCCAGAUCUAAAAGUAUCGAUUCUACAGUGAGCACUGCGUCGGCAGGCGAUAGCUCCCUCGACAAAAUCUCACAAUCACAAGGACUUGGUGGGGACUCAAUCUUGAUGAUGGCUAUUGAGAAUGGGCAGCUUGCAUCUCUGGAGUAUCUAUUAAGCUUGGACCAGUUCUUUCCUAUCGAAUUCAUUCUGGAAGAUUGCAACAAUGAGGGAGUAACUUUACUGGUCGCUGCUGUCCAGGGCGAUGACAAGAACUUGACGAACUCCUUACUCAAUCACAUUAUCCGAAACGCGCCUUCCGAUAACACCUUACGAUCUUAUUUUGUUCGUCAAGACAGCAAAGGAAGAACGUUUGCCCACUACCUUUUCAAUCAACCACAUCUAAUGGAAACGGUUGGAGAGAUGCUGCCCUGGCGGCUCAAGGACAAGAAUGGCCAAACACCAUUAUUUGCUCUAUGCAGGUCCUAUGAUCAUCAGGAAUAUCGAUGGAUGGUCGAAACUGCAUUGACUCUUGCCACAGACACCCAACCAGACAAAGAGCCACUUCAUCUUGCUGAUCACAUAGACAACAAAGGCAACACUCUACUACAUAUCGUCAACGAUCCUCAUGUAACGGCGUGGCUCCUUCGUCAUUGCGACUCAGACGUGAAUGCGGCGAAUGACAAGCGUUUUACACCGCUGAUGAUGGCAAGCAAAUACGGUAGACUCGACUUGGUUCGAACAUUCUUCGGUGACGCUCGAGUGGAUCUGCAAAUCAAAGACAUCCGAGGCUUGACAGCCGUUGAGCUGGCCAAGGAUGAUGAAGUCAGAAACCGGAUUGACGAUCUGGUCUUGCUCUCUACGUUGCCUGCAGCGGAUGGGAGGAUCACUUCUGUUGUCCGGUCGUUCUUCGUUGAGGAUGCCACUGUCCGGCUAGUCCUGAAAUCUGGGGGACCGAAUCCAAACGGAACCAUCACAGUUACCACCUGUCGUCGCUCUGUUGCCGACUUUGAGCAUCUCGCAAAGUGGCUUUCCAUCGAGCAACCCGCAUCCUGGAUCCCGACACACUUCAACUUGACGUCUCCGUUCUUGAUACCAUCAAAACCAUCGAGAGCUGUGUUACGUGACAUACAACUCCGUCUUGAUGCAUUCUUACAGUGCCUCCUAACACACUCUACUUUCUCUACACAUGAGAUGGUGUGGGAGUUCUUCCUCGUUCCCGAUAUAGAUCCUGCUAUGCUGGCCGAGCGCGCGAAGCACAAGGCAGAGAUCCGAGUCGAAAACGUUCGGGACGACUACGAUCCAAUCACGGAUACACGCGAGGUCGAAUCCUUUGUAUCACAUGCUAAAGACCAACUCCGUGGAGUCUCUCAUGCGGUCAAGUCUCUUAUCAGGCGUACAAAUGCUCAACGCAUGCUGAACUCCGACUUGUAUGAUGCGCGUAUGCUCAACAAUACCGGCGUCGCAACUCUUCAGUUCCUCCCCAAGAAAUACCUUACAGCAUUCGGCAUAUACACAAAGGCUCUGACGCCCUCAGAAUCAGAUCCUCUGGCAAGCUUUUACUAUUCUCUACACUCGAUUGCAAACUCUUCAACAGCGGUUCUUGUUGCUCUUGGGCGACCAACAAGCCUAAUCGGCAGUAUGAAUCAAGCCAAGAGAAACAUUGAACGAGCCAUCGGUUCGCUAAGCAGACAGUCUCGCUGGACACCAAAUAUAGGUCUGUUUGACGAGACACGGCGCUCCAUUGCAGCUGAAGCCGAAGAGAAAGCGACAAAGGCUCAAGGCGAGCUUGACUCUCUAGGUAGCGAGCUCCGCUAUACACAACAGACUGUGGCUGCUGAGUUGGCUGGUUGGCAAGAACAGCACGUCAACUUCGGCAAGCGUAUGUUGAAGGACCUAGCCAAGGGUAUGGUUGUGAAAGAAAAGGCUAGGCUUGAGAGCAUGAGGAGAGCACUCAGAGAACUGCAGAGAUGA